GAACCCGCCGCCGGCGCGGAGCCCCAGGCGGAGGCCACCAUGCCCGAGAGUUUCUCCAGGCUUUGGGCGGAUGUCAUGGGGAUCUUGGAUGGGUCUUUGGGCAACAUUGAUGACCUGGCUCAGCAAUAUGCAGAUUAUUAUAAUACUUGCUUUACUGAUGUAUGUGAGAGAAUGGAAGAAUUACGCAAACGGAGAGUUUCCCAAGACCUUGAUGUGGAGAAAUGCGACGCCAGCUCCACAUCUCUACAGCUGCGAUCCCAGAUUGAAGAAUCCCUUGGCUUCAGCAGUGUUGUAUCAACCCCAGAAACAGAAAGAAAGCUCUCUCUUCAUAAAUCAAGUUCUGAAGAAAGCUCUGUAGGUAAAGCAGAUUGGAAAAAGAAAAACAGGUAUUUCUGGCAAAAUUUCCGAAAGAAUCAGAAGGGGCUAAUGAGGCAGUCUUCAAAAGGAGAAGAUGUUGGUUACGUGGCCAGUGAGAUCACAAUGAGUGAUGAGGAGCGGAUCCAGCUAAUGAUGAUGGUGAAGGAGAAGAUGAUCACUAUUGAGGAAGCACUUGCAAGGCUUAAGGAAUAUGAAGCACAACAUCGGCAGUCAGGCAGCACGGACUCUUCUGACUGGCCUGAUGGUCCUUACCCAGCUUUUGAUGGUUCUUCCAAUUGUAAUUCAAGAGAGCAAUCGGAUGAUGAAUCAGAAGAAUCCGUGAAGUUUAAGAGACUGCAUAAGUUGGUCAACUCAACUCGCAGGGUCAGGAAGAAACUAAUAAGAGUAGAAGAAAUUAAAAAGCCCAGCACUGAAGGGGUUGAAGAGCAUUCAUUUGAUAGCUCUCCAGUACCAGAUGACAGAUCGGCACUUUACUCUGGAGUUCAAAAGAAGCAAUGCUACUUGGAUGGCUCUUCUGAGAAACAACCAGAUGAUGACUCAGACUCACUCACCACAUCUCCUUCAUCUAGCAGCCUAGACACUUGGGGUACUAACAAGAAGUUGCUCAAGACCUUUAGUAAAUCCGAUAGCCGUGGCCUUAUUAAGCCACCAAAGAAGAUUGGGACAUUCUUCUCCUAUCCAGAAGAGGAAAAAACUCCAAAGGUUUGCCGCUCCUUGACAGAUGGAGAGAUGAAGAAGAACCUUGGCUCUCUGAGCCACGGGGUAAGUAAAGAAAGUGUUUGCUUCUAUGACAACAGGCGCAAACACCACGUCCUGGUAUCCUUUGAGGAAAUUCAGAGUGUCAGGAAACAUAUCAGACUGAAGAAAGCAGAUUCUAACUACUCGUGUUCUAGAGCUUUCCUCUGCCAGCGUCCUGCUAGGAAAAGCCUAUCUCCUUCCAUUUGUGACCUGCAACUGCUUCGUCACAAAGCCAAAGGGGAAGGAGGAGGAGGCUGUGUCUUUCCAAACAGAAGGCUCCGAGGGCGCAACUCGGUCAGUGAGUUCAAUAUUACAUAUGUGGUGGAAAGAAGCCUGUACAGUCACCUCAAUCUGUCACAUCUGGUGCGGCCUGUUACUGACAGGACCCUGAGCAAAGCUGAAGAACAGGAUUUGAGACGGUGCCUUCUGGAGGAGGAGGAGGCGGCGAAGAGAAAGUGGGCUGCCACAGUGGACCGCUGUACUAAAAGGGUUCUCUUAAGAAUCCACCAAAAGUCUAGGACCUGCAGCUUUGGCGGAUUUGACUUGACAAAUCGCUCAUUAAACAUUGGAAACAAUUUGGAUCAGAUGGGCAAAGAUGGUGAUUUAGUGUACAAAGAAGUGAUCAAAUCCCCUUCUACUUCCCGCAUAUCCCUUGGCAAAAAGGUGAAAUCUGUAAAAGAAACCAUGAAGAAACGAAUGUCGAAAAAAUAUAGCAGUUCUUUGUCAGGGCAGGACUCCAGCCUGGAUGUAAUGCCAGAAUCCCCUCAGUCACCACAGCCAGAUACUGAUUGUCUGGACAAGCCGAAGCUGAAAGCUGGUGGUUCAGUAGAAAGUUUGAGAAGCUCCCUAAGUGGUCAGAGUUCAGUGAGUGGACAGACAAUAAGCACAACGGAUUCCUCAGCCAGCAACAGAGAGAGUGUCAAGUCUGAAGAUGGUGAUGAUGAAGAACUUCCGUACAGAGGACCUUUCUGUGGCCGUGCCAGGGUUCACACUGACUUUACCCCCAGUCCAUAUGACACUGACUCCCUGAAACUAAAGAAGGGUGAUAUCAUUGAUAUAAUCAGCAAACCUCCCAUGGGUACCUGGAUGGGCCUGUUGAACAACAAAGUGGGGACCUUCAAAUUCAUCUAUGUUGAUGUGUUAAAUGAAGAGGAAGAGAAGCCGAAAAGGCCAACAAGGAGGCGUCGAAAGGGAAAACUUCUUCAGCCAAAAUCUGUUGAAGAUCUCCUAGAUCGCAUCAACUUAAAGGAGCACAUGCCCACCUUUCUGUUCAAUGGCUACGAAGACCUAGAUACCUUUAAGCUUCUGGAGGAAGAAGACUUGGAUGAGCUCAACAUUCGGGACCCUGAGCAUAGAGCGAUUCUCUUGACAGCAGUGGAAUUACUACAGGAAUAUGACAGUAACAGUGACCAUUCAGGCUCUCAGGAGAAACUCCUCACAGAUGGCCAGGGCCUAAGUGGGUGUUCCCCUCGGGAUUCAGGCUGCUACGAAAGCAGUGAAAACCUGGAGAAUGCUAAGAGUCGAAAACCUUGUCUUCUGCCCUCAAAAUUACCCAAUGAAUUCAGUUUUAAGGAUUUCCACAGAAACCCUGUGGCUACUCUGCCAUUGAUGAAAUCAAUAGAGCAAGGGGAAAAGACACAACUCAGUUGCACGCAUCAUGCUAGGAAGAGUUGCCUCAAGCCCUCUGCAGUCAUGACUCUGAAGAAGAACCGCAGAAGUUUGCCAGUUGGCAACUGUCAGAGCUGUGGGACUCUGGAAGGCAACCAGAAUAUGCUUACAUGGCCAAGAUCUCAUUCUCUGGGGGACCUCCAGGGAGAAAUUGACACCAAGAUAGAAGGCUCUGUAAAGAAGCUGGAUGGUUUCCCUCAAGGUGUACUAGAUCUAACAAAAAAAUCAAUUAGUUACGAUGGUAGUGGGCAGGCGACAGAACUGUUGGUGGAUAAAAGUAAAGGUGGUGCUGUUUCUGUUAAGGGGAAAGCAAAGGAAUUGCACUUCCCCACAGCCAUCCCUUCCAACGGAACAUUUCCUCUAUUCCUGCCUCAGAAUUGUGAACUCCAGUCAUCUUUACUUACACAUGACAUAACAUGGACACCCCUUGAAAACUAUAAAAAAAGUAAUUCUGGUGUUGGAAGGACUGAUCAUUCUCCAGUCCUCAAGGAAAUUACAGAAGCUAAACAGAAGGACAUGGGCGAAACAAGAAUACAGCCAAAAACCUCUUCACUGCCACCUCCAGUCCCUGCGAAAAAAAGCAGAGAACGUCUUUCUAACGGACAUUGUCAUUCCCCUUCAGCCCCUCGUAGUCCGGAUGUUCCAUCUUUGCCAGAAAAAAAGACCACCCCAUCUAGCCCCAUUGAUGCCCAUGUAUUGACCUUUUGCAAGUCAUCUCCAGAAUAUGAGCCCAGUAGCCCUACAUGUGUACGGCCUCCUUGGUUUUCAGAUCUUCCGGAGACUUCCAGCAUCCAGCAACAUGUUCUAAAACUAGGUCCUUCUUCAUCAAGAAAAACCUCCUGUAAUAGAGGGCAAGAUCUCGAGAUGUUGAUAGAAAACAAACUGCAGUCUGAAGAUAUUGAUCUCACAGAAGACCCCUAUUCUGACAAGCAUGGUCGCUGUGGGAUUCCUGAAGCUUUGGUGCAAAGAUACUCUGAAGACCUAGAGCAACCUGAAAAGGAAGUUGCUACAAACAUGGACCAGGUCCGGGUGAAGCAGCUGAGAAAGCAGCACCGUAUGGCAAUUCCAAGUGGCGGCCUAACUGAAAUCUACCGAAAACCUGUGUCUCCUGGACAUAUCUCUUCCAUCGCUGAUUGGCUGGUUUCUAUUGGCCUCCCAAUGUACUUAAGUUCCCUCAUGGCAGCAGGCGUUAAUGACCUAAGCAAAGUGCCUUCUCUGUCACAAACUUGCCUCCAGGAGGCUGGCAUCAGAGAAGCGAGGCACAUCAGCAAACUUCUUGCAGCAGCAAAACUCUUCAAUUCUGAGGCAAUUUAACAUGCUCUGGAAUGUAGUAUCUGCCUCUUGACAAAUCUAC